CUGAUGGACCAAAAACUUGGACGAAGUUUCUAUCUUAUAAACACCGCCUAAAAAUUGAGGGAAAAUUCAAAAACUCAAAUCAUCAAUCUGCCGCCUUCUUCUCCCUGCUAGCACAAUUGGGUCAGCAACAGAACGUUUGAUGAAAAGUAGUUCAUAGCUCCCGUCUUUAUUCUAAAUCAUUUUAAGAAAUUAGUUGUGGAAAUGGAUUUGUUUGUUGAGAAUUGAUCAGUAAAGAUGUCGAAAUUUGAUUACCCCAAGCUUUCGGUGGCGGAAAUCAUCUCGAUAUUGGCAGAUUCACAGAUAGCUAUUAUUACAGAAAACGAUCUCAAGAACCCGAACCCGGAUUUCAUUUCGGAUCUCUACACCCGACUCUUGAUCUACCUCGACAUUCUCCACGAGGAAGAUCAGGGGCAACUGGAGUUUGGUGCCUUGGAGGAGCUUGAGAAUCCGGACCUUCAUGUGGGUUCAGUUCAGACCAUGAAUUUGUAUAGUAGGAUAAAGGAGGUGGUGAGCUCUGUUGAUUGCCCGAUGAAAUUUACACUCAAAGAUCUUGUAAGACCAGAUGCUACUCGGACCGAGUAUUUUGUCAGUGCAAUUCUAAAUUUUUGUCUUCACAAAGACACAAAAAUGAAUCUUCUUAGACCGAUUGCUGAGGAUUUAACUAUUCUUGACGAGCAGCGAAGAGAGUGGGAGGCUAAGAUUGCCCAGUUGAAUGCAGAGAUCGCAACCUAUAAUGAAGCAAGAGAAAGGGAGUUACCUGUUGUUCAAGAGGUAGAUGCAAAAGUUAAAGAAUUGCGUCAGACCAUUCAGGACCUCAACAAGCAUCAGAUGUCACUAAGAACUUCUAUUAAAAAAUUGAAGGAGAAGACAGGGGAACUUGAAGAGAAGGAUCUUCCACUGACUGCAAUUUUGGGUGAUGGUUUUUGUGAAUCAAUAUGA